GACAACUCAACCUCCCAAUUCCCCAUGCUGGACCAUGCAAUUCAGCCACGGUUUCUAAGACUGCAUUAUUUCUUGUCUUGAAUUUGAAACCUAUCGCCCAGUACAUUCACGUUUUUCCCUCUCAAAAUUACACGGCAUUGUUUCUUCCUACAUUUUGUUCACGGCCGACGCGCUUCGAGCAUGUCGCGCGAUAAUACCAGACGCUCCGAGGCCACGACAGCCAGUUUCACUUCUUUUGGCUCUGAUUUUGACCCUGAAGCCGAGGCCCUCGCCUCUACCAGACAAAUGGACAACAGCCCCAGACUCCCCGACAUGAAAGGCAGUGCCAGGAAACAGCAGCACCGCGAAUUCGAGGCCGCCGCGGCCGACGACGAGCCCGACUACGCCAUUGACACUUCCGCGUUGGAACGCGCGUUCCCGGAAUUCUCGCAGGUCGGCACAUCCGAAGAAGACGAGGAGCACGAAGACGAUGAGAUUUCCGUUGAGCUUGGACGGGGAGCGACGAAGCCGACGCGUCGGUUGGACGAUUCGCGUAAUUCGUUCAUGAGCCUCGAGAAUAGUGUGCGGUCUUCUUCGCCCGCCGUUAGACUCGAUUAUCCUACUUCUCAUACGCCCCAGAAAUCGGCCAUGCGGAAUACGCCACGGAGAGCUGCGAGUGAGAAUCUUCGGAAGGAUGCUCAAUUGCGGAGAGCGAGCCAGGCUCAGAAGGAGAAUAUGGACCCCCAGUCGUCCAAGAACAAUCGCAAGGAUCAGCGACGUACGUUGUCUGAAAUGCACGCCAAGGUCCGUGACUCGUACGACGGUUCUUUCCUUGGAGAUGAGCGCCCUCAGCCGGUUUCCAUGAAUGCUCGCUCGACGCGCUUUGGUUCCCACCAGAUCGUAGAUGCUGUGGAGAGAGCCUCGCAGGAAGCAUAUGCAAAGGAGAUGCGUCGGGGGAAACUUGGCAACAACUCGCGCAAUGUAUCCGCCACCAUGAAUGGUGAUACAAUGACUCACAAUUCGUUCCUUCUUCCCGACCUCCCUAAUCUCUCGGAGUUAGUGUCGGGUGUGUACGAAGAUGGCACCCCGGUUUUCUCGCGCCAGAACAAGGCCCGGACAACGCGCUUUGUGUCGCCAUCGCAUGACCCGGCUGAGGUGUCAUUCACUCGGGAGCAUGUCCCGCUCGACGCGGUUCCCGUUCCCGAAGAUGAGAAGGCUUUGUUUGUGUCACUGCGACUUCUGCAGGAUAAGGUUGCAGAACUCGAAAUGGCCAAGUCCGAAUCCGAGAAGAAGAUCGAGGAAAUGCGCCAGGAAAAUGUGUCUCUGAAGGCGGAUAGACCUCGUAACAACAAGGACCGGUAUGGUCGUUCGAGAAACUACGACUCAGAGGAUGAUCAUCGGAGAGACAGCGGACGGGCUGCGAGCGAGAUUCAAAAAUUGGAAGCAGCCAAUAUCGCUUUGCAGAACCAGCUCGACGUUGCGGACCGCAAGACUCAGAUUCAUGAAGGUGUCAUGAAGAGGCUCAGCCGGGAGCGUGAUAUGGCGGUCUCCCAGUUGGGAGUCGCUUAUCUCGAGUCCCAGGACAUUAAGAAUGAAAACCAGGACUUGAAACAGGAGAAUGCCGAACUCAAGGCUCAGCUGACACGAUUGGCUUCCUUCUCGCAAAAGAACCGUGACGAAACCUUCCAAUCAGAACAAACUUCGGCAUCUGAGGAUGCAGAUGCAGAGGAUAGCCAGGUCCACACACAGCGCAGCGCGAACUUGAGCCGGACCGGUACCAGAGACGUCACUUCCAAGAGCACGCGGUCCCGAUCCAAGCAUGGACGCCAGGAAGACUCCCGUGCUAAGAUUUCCAGCCAAGUCGAUAAAGAGAUUUCUCGCCUUGAAAAGGAGCGAGCAGAAGACGAACUCUUUUCGAUCAAUCUCCCGCGUUCGAGCCGCCCAUCGAGCUCCAAACCCGAGAAAUCAGAAAGGAAAUCGCACUCGAGCAGUGGAAGCUCGAAGAAGUCCAACACCGGCAAGCAGCGCGUCAAGAGAGUUGUUGUGGAGGAAGUUGACGUCACGGACCCGGUCGACUCGACCAUUGAAGAUGGCACUGCCCAUACCAAGAAGUCCUCUGGAACCGACCGGGACGUAACUUUCUUGAGCUUUAUGGAUGAAAAUGAAAUUGCCCAGCUGCGGAAGACUUUGGAAGAGGAGCGAUUGGCUCGGAAACAACGUCAAGCAAACCCGCCAAAAGAGCAAACUGCAAAUGAGACCUUGAAUUCUACUCGCCAGAGCGUUUCGAAGCCAGCUGCGCCCCGUAAAUCGUCUAUGAAGGAGCCGAAGACAGCACCACCCCGCCCUACAUCGGCUGCCGGUGACGCAACAGCAGUCAGCGAAGGCGAUAACAACCUGUCCGUGCCGACUGAACGUCAAAGACGCCACUCGGAUCAUUCCGUGACCCCGGUUGCUCAAAGAAAGCGCCGCCGAAACAUUGAGGACAUGACCUCUGCUUUCAUCCUUCCUGACAUCACCCUCCACCACGCAGAUCAGGCUGCCCAGAACCCAGCGCUGUUGCCUGAAGCAACACGCCGCGCGCUUGACAGCGCUACGCAACAUAAUGGCAAGAACUGCACUGUUUGCAAGCGUGUUAUGCCUGGGGAUACUUGUGACCAUACCCAAGAAGUAAAGGUCCCCAAGCCCGUUCCUGUCUCGGAGCGUAUGCCCGAGCCUUCUGUUUACAACGAGGAGCCUACUCUGCGGCCCGCUCAGGCCCCAGGUGUUGCCCUCGCCACGGUGCUCAAGGCUUUGGAGGAUGAACUGUCACAUCUGAAGAUGCAGCUGGCCACAUACCAAGGAGCGUACAACAAGCUCGACUCGUCUCUAAGCAAGCGACAGAGAAAGUCGCUGGGCGAGAAGAUCGAGAAGCUGUUCAAGGAUAUCGAUAUGAAGGCCGACCAAAUCUAUGCACUUUAUGAUGUUCUCGAAGGCCAGAAGCAAGAUGGCCAUGAGAUGACAGAGCAGGAGAUGGAGGUGACACUUCAGUCGAUUGGAAUUGAUGUGCCUGCUGAGAGAACUGCUGACGUUACGGGAACCACGGAUAAGUCUUCUCACAAGAACGUCAACGUCAAUACCGACUAUGACGUGGAUGACGAUGACGAAGACCUUCCGUGGGAAGGAAUCGAGAGCACGAUGGAUGUGACUGGAAAGAGUGCUGCCAGCCGCCGUAAUUAAGAUGUGAUGAUGUUGUUGGAAGUGUUUUGUUCUUGAUAUAUGUUGAUUAUUCUGUCUUGUUAUUCAUGUUGGCGAUACUCUCAUUCCGAUUUCCUUUGUUCUUUCUCGAACACGGUGGUCUGUCCCCAGGACGUGUAUGUUCUUGGUCAUUCUCCAUCCUGAAUUGACUUUUUGAUCAUUGAUAAUUGAUCAUGAAACGGGCGUUGUACAAUUGAUUAUCUUGAUCUUUUUGGUUUGCAUUGGUGUAUCCUGGGUUUUGAUGGAUGUCUCUGGGUCUGGAUAGUUGCAGGCGUUGAUCGAUAAUAUUAGUCUUAUUUGAACUGUUCUACUUGUAUACUUGCGGUGUUCUAUGGGGAUAAUUGAUAUUCAGUGUUCAGUAUACCAAUUGUUGGUCUGAUGUUUUUCGGUUCCUGAAACCAUCACCAUGUGGUCCGGCCCGAACCCAAUCGAGCACAACAUACAACCUCAUGGUAUAUAUUCUAUUCUAUCC